CAAGCCUCUCAUCUCUUCACUUCAGCUUCUGCGCCCUUGCCGCCCUCUAACCAUUAAACCUCCUCACACCUCCCUCCUCAUCCUCCACGGGAUCGAGAACAAACACUUCCUCAGAUCAACUCGACGCCACUCCAACCCAAAACCAUCACUCCCACUCACAUCAUGGAUCGUUUCCCUGACGAACUCCUCGUCAAGACUCUUGGUCAUCUAGACUUCAAAGAUGUUGCAACUAUGCGUCGGGUGAACAAGCGAUUUGCCGAGGUCGGUGCAGAAGUUCUGGUCCGCCGGGUCCGAUUUCACUUCACCAAAGAGUCCCUGACUCGCUUGAAAGACAUCGCUAAUCACCCUGUCUUGAGCAAAAAUGUCGAGUCAGUGGUCUAUGAAGGAAACAUCUUGGCCAAUGUCGCCUGCAUUCACGCCUAUGCAGCCCAUUAUGACCUCGACCAUCAUCACCUUGACCAUCCAGCGCCCCCGUCCGACGAUGCCUCUGACCGAGAAUCACGCCUCUACGCUCGCAACAUGUCCAAGUUUGCCAAUGAGAUCUCAGCCCGAUUCGACAACUAUCGCAACUUGUUUCAGGCUCAACAAGAGCUCAUUGAGGCUCCUGACCUGCCAACCUCGCUACCCCACUUCCCCAAAUUGAAAAAGGUCGUUCUCUUCACUGUCGGGAGAUGCAAACAUGUUCUCUCCGACAGAUUCCUCAAGGCCUUUGCUACUGGCUGUGCCAUGCCUGUCGAGCAUGACACUUAUUACUCCAAAGGACAGCUGAAAUUCCUCCUCUUCCGCCACGGUCGCCCUGUCACCACCCUCGAGCAUCUUGAGGCACAUGUCGUCAGUCCCAAGUUCUUCACUGGAUUCUUGCCCCGCGAAAGCCUCUGCCAAGUCUUUGCCAAUCUUCGCGUCAUCGAAUUGCGGCUUCGCCUCGAAAAGGACCAUCAUCGUGAUUUGGACUUGACCACGGUCGAGCGCUGCUACUCAGGGUUGAGCAAAGGCAUCCUACGCGACUGUUUGGCUUCGGCCACAAAGUUGGAGAAGCUUACCGUCAACUUUGAGGACUAUGGCUUCUACGGACCAUGCACCAACCUGAAAAACGUCCUGGGAGAUCAUUCUUGGCCCAACCUCACCGCUCUCGACAUCGAUUGCAUGUCAGCCACCCAGGACCAGCUCAUCACCAUUUUGACCCGACAGCCCGCCCUUCGCGACCUGCGCCUGGGCUUCUUCGUCCUGACCGCUGGGAAAUGGACCGACACCACCAGACAAAUGCAAACCAAGCUGAAGCUCGACAUGUUCUGUCCAACCGGCCUUCUGGAAGAUCCCGAUUGCAUGUAUCCAAUGUCGCUGAUCCAGAAAAGCACCUACUUGCUCAACUUUGCGCGACUGACCAUGGCCGAUGCCCUUUCCUUCUUUGUCACGGAAUUGAACUCGAAUGACGACUACCAUCCCUUGGAGGAUGAAUCAUUUGCCGAUCCUGAACUGCUUCGCGACGAGUUUGGACCCUUCAGCGACAGCGAGUCGGAGGAUGAUGAUCCAAUGGAUUGUGACUGAGACGAUUGAUGAUUGUCAAAAGGCCCUAUAGAGGCUGCUUGACGUGUUAUGAGCUAUGAACCUCACCUAGUGUACAGUAUUUUCCCUAUUUGCAUGAGUAUGAUACACGGACUGCCGGACCAUCCGAUCGGAGAUACCCCUUUUGAGGACGGACCGUCCUCCUACUGCUUUGUUGUCAUUCUUUCUUUUGCCGCAAUUCGGGCAUGUGAAGGGUUGUGGUGCUAUGGCAGGAGUUACUG